ACUGUCUUUGUUUUCUAUUUCUUUUCUCCACAGGAGGUAGACCCAAAAGCAGGUGGUGGCUGUACUAUGACAAUCGGACAGAUGGUCCGUAGUUUCAUGUUAAAGUUAGAUUGGUAUGACUCGCUAUUCCCUCGUAUACCAGUCCCGAUUCAGAAGGAAAUCAAUGGAAAACUACAGGCGCGUAAUCUCUGUGAUGAUAGAAAACGUAAAGCGGACGAAGGGUUUGGUGAAGCAGAACGAUAUUCAAAAAUGAUGAGAGAAAAAGAUGGGUAAAUUAGACUAAAUUAUUGUUCAGUACAUGUAGAUAGAGAUCUCGAAAGAAGAAGAGUUUUGUUUGCUCCAUCACAGGUUUUUUUCCAAGAUUUUCUCGUGGGUCCGUUUUUGCAGAGAAGAUUGUGCUGUGAAAUGAAUUCCAGCCUUCUUUUCUUAAUUGUCGGGUUUCCAACUGAAAACUAAUUUCCACACGACACAAAUUUAACUCAACGUCAUUUUUACUGCACUGAAAGUCUGAAACUUUUGGUGGGAGUUUCAAAACUCAAUUCAAGAUUGAGUUUUUGGGGCCGUUUUACGGCCCUAAGAAAUCCCUGAAAAAAAACCUGCAUCGCGUGUUAGCCAAAAGAUAAAAAAUUUGGCAAUUUACAUUCAGACCGGAGUUUUAGGAAUAUCGUGUUUCCUAAAUGAAGUUCUCGUGGCCUAGCGCCAGCUGAGCUAAAUUGAAACGUUUGAAGUGCAAGCUAGUCACCUGACAUUGUGUUGCGUACUAACAACAGAUCUAUCAUUGAAACUUUCGCAAGGGGAGGUGCAUGACUUUUCAGGGGAGGUGCAAAAUUCUCAGGGGAGGUGCAAAACGAUCUCAGGGGAGGUGCGCACCUCCCCUCAAAAUCCGGCCAUGAUUCGGCUGCCAACUUUCAGAGACUGUUGAGAAGUUUGAUGUUUUCAGUACACACAGUAACAUCCAGUCAACUCAUUAACUCUCGUGCAAACUCUUGUUCUCGUUUGACUGGGAUUGAGUAAACUCCCAUGCGAAGUCUCACUUGCCACCCCCUCAUCCUUCAGGGUUCGUACGUCAUGGAAUUUCAAUAUUCCAAAAUCCAGGCCUGGAAAAUCAAUUUUAGUCAUGGAAAGUCAUGGAAAAUUGAAAUUUUACAAAACAUUAACAAAGUAUUUUACUCAUUUCAAUUUACCAGUCAUAACAAUAUGAAUUGUUGGUAUAUAACGGAUUUUUGCAAGAGGGAAGUGAAUUUUGUUCUUUUAUUAAUCUGUUAUCGUUAAAAUAUGAACAAAUUUCAGAAAUUCCAUACUUCCAGGUCAUGGAUUUUGAAAAAUAUAGUCGUGGGAAGUCAUGGAAAAGUCAUGGAAUUUUAAAUGGGAGAAGGUGUACGAACCCUGAUCCAUGUUUGACCAUCCACGGCUUAAAGUUUUUUCCUCCAAGAUUUUUCAAUGCAACACAAGCAUAACGAUUCUCCUGUAUUGUUUUAUAGUGAACAAAGUCCAGGCCGUGACGAGAGUAAAAAACCUGAACGUAGUCGUAGUUCAAGUCGAGACAGGAAGAGACAUCGCGACCGUUCACCACGUCGGAGAAGUCCAGAUCGGCGUAAGAGAAGCAGAAGUCGUGAGAGAAAGCAAAGUCGGGAACAAAAUGGCAGAGAUAAGCGAAGUCGUAGCAAGGAAAGACAUCGUGAUAGUUACAAGAGGAAGGAGGGAAGUCGAGACAGAGACAGUCGUGAAAGAUCUAGAAGAGAUCGGUAGCACAAUUUGCAUAACAAGUGAUGCAUGCCGUAUACACCUUUACACAUAUGUGCUAUGCAAUAUCAGUCGAUAGCACAAUUUGUCAAAAGCGCCUUGCAGACUGCAUGGACUAUGAAGCCUACAGCAGCUUCAACCAUAAAAGUUAACAUUAUUGUACAGAGGUUCUUAGCUGGUUAUAAAUGGACAUACUAUAUAUAGCACUACAAUCUCAAUCAUGGCUUGUUAAAAGUAUAUACUGGUCAAAUACAGAGGCAACUUGUCUAAUGCAAUCUUGUAGAGGGACUGCGAGCAGUCCCUCUAUUUUAGCAAUCUUGUCCUGUGGACAAUUAAUCACGCAAAAUUUUCAUUUAGAAAUUUUGGUUUGGUUUGUGUCAUUUUUAUGAAAAUGGCGGCUACUUGUUAAAUGUUAUGAAUGCUUUGUAUACAGCCAAUUCAAAAAAGGUUGUCCUUUGCAAACCUUAAAGUGCCUAUAUCAUGGUUUUGGAGUUUGCAUAUCUCGAAAGUUUAGGGUAUUUUAAGACACUUUGCAAUAUAUUUUGUUAUUGAAAAAUUUCAUCUUGAUGGAUUUAUUAGCUCUUAAAGUUACCGGACAUGACGUCAAAAGGAGAAUUGCAAAUCAGUUUUCCUUUGUAUCAUUGCAACAAAAUUCUUUUGCAAACUCCAAAACCAUGAUAUAGGCACUCUAAACCUUAAACUCUAAGCGCGCAAAGCUUAAGGAAGUUGAAUAUUGCGACUAUUUGUGAAUGAAUUGUUCUCGUAAGGAGAUAUUUACCAUGCCUCUAAGAAAUGGGCCCCAUAUAUACUUUCUAAACUAAUUAAAUGAUGCUCCCAUUAUGCUUUGCACGCUUAGAGUAAGGUUUGCAAAGGUCAUGUAAGUCAUUUGACAAUGUUAUAUCAUUGGUUAAUUUAAAACCAUUCACAUCUGGGAUUCACAUGUACAGUAGUAGAACGUUCUUUUAGUAGAAUACUCAACAAUAUAUAUUCUACAUUAGUCAACAGCAAUAGCUCUGGUUUACAUUAUGCCACACAUGACUUCCUUUUGUCUUAGGUGGGUAACCAACCUAUGGUUGUAGUGGUCACUUGUAUUUGAACAUUUUAAUAUAAUCAUACCAUGUAAAAUACAGUUAUUAUGUAGUUGUAAUUUGUUUGCAACAUUCUACUUUGUUUGCAACAGUGUUCUUUGUAAAUAGUUGUCAUUAUCAAAACAUUUGCAAUAAAUGUUUCUAUACACAAUUGGUCUAUCUGUGACUGGCGAAAACCAUUCAGAUGCCUGUAUUUACACCGGAGACGUACAAUAUAUUAGAACCAUCUCGUGCACCAGUGCCUGAUCGCGAUGCUGCUUUCGUAUUUUUGCCCUAAUUUAACCUUUCAUCAGAUUUAUUCACAUUAUUUCUUUUUCUUGGCACGUUUUCCUUGACCU